AUGAAAUUGUUUAGAAAGUACAUCGCUGUCUGUAAACGAAAGGAUCCAGUGCUACCGGAUGACCUGAAGGAACUUUUAGUUGAUAAAUAUGUUGAGCUUCGACGUGAAUCAAAAAAUAGUGCAGAUUCAACAUUUACAUCACCUAGAAUACUUUUGGCUGCAAUUCGAGCAUGUACUGCAUUAGCUCGCCUUCGUCUUUCAAAUGUAGUGGAAGCAGCUGAUGUGAAAGAAGCAUUGCGUUUGCUUGAUUCUGCAAGAGAAUCUCUACGUGCUCAUAAACAAACAACUACUGACAGAAGUCGCGACCCUGUUAAUCGGGCAUUUGAUACUCUUCGGGAAAUGUUGCGUGAAAGUGAUGGGCAACAAGUACUGCUUGAAAAGCUCUAUGCCCGUUGUGCUCAACGUGGUAUAGUCUAUGGGGUAGUCGACGAAUGUAUUUAUGGACGUUGGAAACAUGCACUGUUUGUUGACCCGACAAACAAAACAGUUGGAAUUGUUUGAGAUUUUUUAAUUGAUGAGGGCUGAAUUUUCUGAUUUUUGAAUUUUUUAA